AUGGCGAAACCAGGCAAGCACAUAGCUUCAUCGUCUUCCUUUGUGGUGCCGCUUCCCUACUUGAUCACGGUCCUGCUGUCUUCUGGGUGCAAAUCCGUGGACGCAACGGAUACUCUUCUUCCGGGCCAAUCUCUGAGCGGUAACCAGUCCUUACUCUCGAAAUAUGGUUCCUUCAAGCUGGGCUUCGAUUCAGAUUGCACAUUCGGCAUAUGGUACAUGAACUCAUCAACUUGCAGCCCUCUACUAGUUUGGGCGCCUGAUGUAUUUUCGCCCGGUUGUACAGAUAAGGCUUCGUUUGGACUCUUCAAAAAUGGAAGCCUAUAUCUAAAAAAUGAUGAGGCCUCACUUGCUUGGUCAUCACUUGGUACGGACGGUAUACCUAUCUCUGCAGUUGCAGUACUUCUUGACAAUGGAAAUCUUGUAGUAAGAGACCAAGUGAAUAUCUCUCUGGUGUCCUGGCAAAGCUUUGACAACCCAGUCGGUGCAGUGCUACCUGGAGGAUGGCUAGGAUUUAAUAGGGUCACUGGCAAGAACGUCUCUCUUGUUUGGAUUGAUCGCUUUAUUCUCAAGAUAAAUGCAGAGCAAAGCAGAGGGUUUAUUGUGCAGGAUACUUCCGACAAUAUAAAUUACUCUGAUGCUUUUCCCAGCUGGAUGGACAUUCAUGAGGAGGAUGGAGGCUCUUUUCUGAUGUUCAAUGAUGCACAUCUGUACCUACAAUUGCAUGAUGAUGGUACUGUCAGUGCUGCUAAACUAGGGGACUGUGGUCCGGCGCUGUGGUCUCAAUAUAGUCGGUGCGGUAAUGCAGCAUAUUGUGGCCCAGACAGCAUUUGUGUAGUGCCAUAUGCCGAAAUCCGGUCAUAUUGUUUGAGAGUUGCAGCUCCACAUUGUCUAUCUAAUCUUUCCGCUAAACAAGACAUCUCUUUUCAUCCCAUAGAUGAAGUCCUUGUAUUUCCAGAAACUCCGUCGUUGGUGCAGGUCAGAGGCAUCAGAGAGUGCGAAGCUAUUUGUUCCAGUGACUGUUCUUGUACGUCAUAUGCUUUCAAUGGAACAUGCUUACUGUGGUCUGUGGAGCUGCACAAACUCACUGUAGGGAUCAUGCCUGGUUCAGAUGGGCAUCUGUACAUACGCACGGCUAAGCAAAAAGAAAAUUCGGGUUCCAAGAUUGGAAUUCUUAUUCCAACAGUGACGGGUGUUUUGCUCCUCCUCCUUGUUGCUCUGUUUGUUUGGUGGAGAAGCAAAAGGAAGAUAUUCACAGAAAGACCAGAGAAUUGUAGCGGUGGCCUUAUGAUCUUCUCGGACGCGCAGAUGAAGAAAGCGACGAGAAAUUUCUCUGAAAAACUUGGAGAAGGAGGUUUCGGCUGUGUUUUCAAGGGGACAUUGCCAGCAGCAGCUUCCUCCAUGGUGGCUAUCAAAAGGCUAAAAGACCUUGGUCAAGGAGAGAAGCAAUUCCGAGCCGAAGUGCAAACAAUUGGAAUGAUCCAACACAUCAAUCUUGUCCGUUUAUUUGGGUUUUGUGUGGAAAGAAGUACGAGGAUGCUGGUAUACGAGUACAUGGAGAACGGAUCUUUGAAUUCCCAUCUGUUUUCCAAGGGUUCUUCAAAAUUACCCUGGGAGCUCCGGUACCGCAUAGCACUCGGAACCGCGAGAGGCCUGGCCUAUCUGCACGAGGGGUGCACGGACCGCAUUAUACACUGCGACAUGAAGCCGGACAACGUGCUCCUUGACGCAGACUUCUGUCCCAAAAUUGCAGACUUUGGCAUGGCCAAGCUGCUGGGUCGAGAUUUCAGCAGGGCGCUGACGACGAUGCGAGGGACCAUCGGAUACCUCGCGCCGGAGUGGAUCUCGGGGGUUCCGAUCACACACAAGUCAGAUGUCUACAGCUACGGCAUGAUGCUUCUUGAGAUCAUAUCGGGGCGAAGGAACUCGGAGAAAAUCAAGGAAGGGGAGUUUACCUACUUCCCAAUCUUUGCUGCGGUCAAGGUGAAUGAAGGGGAUGUUGUGUGCCUGCUGGACAGUAGGCUGGCGGGCGAUGCGGAUUUGGAGCAGCUGACCAGAGCUUGCAGAACUGCAUGCUGGUGCAUUCAAGAUGAUGAGGAUCACAGGCCAAUGAUGGGUCAUGUUGUGCGCAUGCUUGAGGGUGUUGUAGACGUCCAAGUACCACCCAUUCCGAGGUCUCUACAGAAUUUUGUGGGAAUGGAUGAUUGCUCUCACUCUACAGCCUUCUAUACUCUUUGA